CCAAGAAGAGGCCCUGCAGAUGGAACAGGAGCUGGCCAAUGAAUAUCUCUUUAGUCUGGAUCAGCUGACUGAGCUUUCUGGGUACAGCUGUGCUGUUGCUAUAGCUAGGUGCUACCCGCCGGAGAAACUUAAGAAGGACCACGCGGCCGUGCUAGUGUGCUGUGGCCCUGGGAAUAAUGGAGGCGACGGUCUGGUGUGUGCACGCCAUCUCAAACUGUUUGGAUACAAGCCAACACUUUUCUACCCCAAACAGAGCAACAAGCCGCUGUUGAAAGCUUUGGCUCUCCAGUGUGAACGUCUGGACAUCCCCAGAUUGUCCUUCUUCCCCACUGACCCCCAGUGCAUCGCCGACUCCUUCAACCUGGUCAUCGACGCCCUCUUUGGCCUCAGCUUCACACCGCCCGUGCGACCAGAUUUUGUUACCAUCGUAGACAGCCUCAUUCAGAUUCAGGAUAAGGUCCCAAUAUGUUCUAUAGAUAUUCCUAGCGGCUGGGAUGUAGACAAGGGGAACCCCGAAGGUCUACAGCCCGUCAUGCUGGUCUCCCUUGCUGUACCAAAACAGUGCGCCGCCCAGUUCAACGGGCAGAAACAUUUUCUUGGCGGAAGGUUUCUACCCUCUGGUCUGGCUCAGAAGUACGGACUCCGACUGCCAGCUUACCCCGGCACAGACCCCGUGGUGGAGCUGAAGAUCCCAGAGAAUAACACAGCCCAGCAAUCUUGA